AUGCGACCACCAGCGAGGUUUUCGACAGUUAGGGCACAAUCAGCAGCAGCAGCAGCCCGGAUGGACAGGUCUGGGGCAAUAUCACCUGCAGAAUCACUCACCUCGGUCGCGACGACUCAGACAAAUAAUGGAGGCACAAAACGCAAGGACCGGGAUUUUGAGCGCGACGAAGGAGAGACCAAUAUCAAUGUUGUGGUGCGAUGUAGAGGGCGGAACGAGCGCGAAGUGAGGGAGAAUAGCGGAGUCGUAUUGUCAACGGAUGGCGUCAAGGGAAAGAGCCUGGAUCUCCUGAUGGGACCAAGCGCGCUCAGCAAUAAGACUUACCAUUUCGACAAAGUAUUUUCUGCGGCGGCUGACCAAGCUAUGAUUUAUGAUGAUGUAGUGACGCCGAUCCUGGAUGAGAUGCUCGCUGGUUAUAACUGCACGAUAUUUGCGUAUGGACAGACUGGUACGGGCAAAACGUAUACCAUGUCUGGUGAUAUGAACACUACCUUUGGCAUCCUUUCCGAUGCUGCAGGCAUAAUACCUCGCGUCCUCUAUUCGCUGUUUACCAAAUUAGAUACUGAUGAUGCAGAAUCCUCGGUCAAGUGCUCUUUUAUUGAGCUCUACAACGAGGAGCUUCGUGACUUGAUUUCCCCCGACGAUAAUGCCAAAUUAAAGAUGUUCGUCGACGACAGCAAAAAGGGCCACUCGAGCACAAUUGUUCAGGGCAUGGAGGAAUCCCACAUUGGGAGUGCAGUCGACGGCGUAAAAUUGCUACAGGAAGGGAGCCGAAAGCGCCAAGUUGCAGCAACCAAAUGCAAUGACCUGAGCAGCCGGAGUCACACGGUUUUCACAAUAACCGCAUAUAUUAAAAGGACUAGAGAAAAUGGGGAGGAUUAUCUUAGUGCUGGAAAGUUAAAUCUCGUCGACCUGGCGGGCAGCGAAAACAUCCAGCGCAGUGGUGCGGAGAACAAGCGUGCCGCAGAGGCAGGCCUCAUCAACAAGAGUUUAUUAACUCUCGGACGAGUUAUCAAUGCUUUGGUCGAUCGAAGCUCACACAUUCCGUAUCGCGAGUCGAAGCUUACGCGAUUGCUCCAGGAUUCUCUCGGUGGAAGAACCAAAACUUGCAUCAUCGCCACAGUUUCUCCUGCUAAGAGUAACUUGGAAGAGACGAUUUCAACGCUAGACUACGCGUUCAGGGCAAAAAACAUCCGGAAUAAACCACAGGUGAAUCAAAUGAUCAAUAAGAAAACACUGCUGAAGGAAUUUACCUGGGAAAUCGAGAAGCUGAAGAGCGAGUUGAUCGCAACCCGUCAACGCAAUGGCGUCUAUUUGUCAAACGAGGCGUUCGAGGAGAUGACCGCGAAGAGCGAAUCUACGCGUAUUCUUAGCGAUGAGCAGUCUGCAAAGAUCGAGGCAAUGGAGAUAAAUUUGCGAAACAAGGUGCAAGAAUUAUACUCUCUAACCUCAAAUUUCAUGACGCUCAAGAAGGACAACGAGGGUACAAAAGCAGUGCUAGAUGAGACGAAAGGCCUCCUAGAGCAGACUGAGUUUGUUCUUUCCAAUACUCGCCAGAGUUUAGCGGACGAGACAGUACUCCGCAAAGCUCAUGAACAAACCGAAGAACAACUGAACCUGGUUGGCAAAGAGCUUAUUGCUACUUUAGGUAAAACAGUCCAGGAUGUCGGCGGUCUUCAUGACAAAAAUCGGAGGAAAUCGGACUUGCAGUCAUUGAACCGGAAUACUUGGGGGUUAUCCCAAGCACAGGUCUCCGAAGUUACAAGUCUUGUCGAAACCAGAGUCGAAGAAUUCUGCAGCCAACAACAGGAGCUGAUGGACGCUGUGUCUCACAGAAUGCAAUCGUUUAUAGAAGGCGAAUUAGGGAAACUAUCCUCAACCCAAGAGUUUCUAGAGGAAAAUGUAGCUGCGUUUGAAAGUUCCGAGCACGAGGUCUCAGAGCAAACGAAAUCGGCAAAGGAGGAGAUGGACCUUGUUCUUGAAGAAAUCAAGACUCUCAGGGAGGAUGUGAAAGCUCGCGUAGGACAAGGGCUCCAAGGGCUCUCUUUCGCAACUGAACGUAUUUCUGCUGAAGUGAUCAGUGAAUUAGGUGAUUUCCACACCAAUCUCCAUGUCUCUUAUAGUUCACUUGGUCAUAAUUUCAAGACCUUGUUCGAAGAUCUACUCCAACACGUCAAUAGCCAGAAGGCGGAGGCGGACGAGUUACGGAGGCAGCUAUCUGCGGCCAGUGAGCUUGCUAUGCAGUCCAAUGCGAUCGUUUCCUCGAGACUAGAUCAAGUUGUUCGAGAAGAGCGUGAAGAGGCAGCGAGAGAUCGUCAAAGCCUACUCUCCCAGAUCACAAGCCUUGUCAUGGCUCAAGGCGAGGCCCAGGACGCCCGUUUAAGUGGAAAGAUCGAGGAAGUUAGAAAAGAUGUCACAUCUUCAAAAGAUGCAUUCGAGGCAUCGCGUACCCAGUACAGUCUCGGAAUGGAUGCCUGGGAUGAGAAGGAAGACAAGCUGGCCGAGGAAGUCAUUCGAUCACGAGAGGCUCUAAAGAAUCAACUGAAGGAAGACUGGGUGAUCGCAAAUAAAUAUAACUCAUCCCUCCAGGCCACCACCAAAUCCGUUCAUGAGGAAACCGUCCACAUCGUGGACGAACAGGUGAAGGGCAUGGAGUCGCAAAUGCAAGCUCUCGAUGCCUUUGUAAGCCGUGCUCGAUCUCAAAAUGCCCGGCAUCAUAACAGUCAUACACAAUCGUUACAAAACCUAUCCGGCACCGUCAAAACUUCGUACGAUGAUAUUGGCUCGCGUUUCGCGUCCACCUAUGAGCGAAUUCGUGAUCUCGGAGAUGAAAUGUCGGAGAAUACGACGUCGUUGCAGGAAACGCUUGUACCCUUGGACUCCAUCCUACGACAACCACUUGCAGUCCUUCGAUCAAAUAUCACAACUACACGAUUCCAGGAGUAUCAGCCAACAGGGGAUACGCCCCAGAAAGUCCAAUAUCAAUACCCAACCCAGUUGCCGAAGACUGAACCGCACGAACAACUGCUCGCUGCAUUGCAUCGUCCCCGUGGCUCACCCAAUGUAGCAAGCCCGAGCAAGCCGACAAUGAUUCCAGUCAUAUUCCACGAUGCAGCAGAUGGGGUAUCCGACGAAAGUACUACGCCAUUCACAUUCUCAGCCUCGAUGCCAGCAUUUCCAUCCGAAGGCCGGCCUGCUACAAGUGGUGGUCUCCGAGAAAUCAAUGUCAACAUAAACGCCGGGUCGCUAAAUCACGAACCGCAAGACACGGCACACUCCGCUAGCGUCGGAAGCGGCAGUGCGAAGGAGCCUAGGGAGAUUUUCAAGAGGAGUGUCACGGCGGGAGGGAAGCUGCCUGUAUUGAGGAGUGGAAAGAAGAGUAGCAGUAGUGUGCUCCCUGCGGAUGGUAGGGAAAAUGUGAAUGUCUUAGCGCAGAGUACGGGCCGUAGGAGAAGUCCGAGGAUUGCGGGGUAA